UCCCAUUGAACAGGAAGUGUUAACGACAGGUAUGGGAAAUGACCUGCCAGAUACCAAUCCGUGCUUUGAGGAUUUGCGGUUAAAUAAGAUUGAUGUCCUGCUGUCUAGCUUCAUGAGUGAGAGAGACAGAGAGGGAGAGUGAGACGGGGAAAAGCAUGGAGACCUUUGUCUUUCUGUUUCCUCAAUUCGACUUCUCUGCCCCCAAGGAGGAAGUGUAUUUCAAAAUGCUCGGCGAGACCGUGUGGCGUGCUACCAGAAUGAAAGACAGCCACUCAAGAAAUAAGGACAAGGACAAAGAUAAGGACAAGGACAAAAAGUAUAGACUCAGUCUUCUGAUGACCAGGUCUGGAUCGCAUGAAAAUGUGAGCCCAGAGAAAAAGGCGCCAAGUAAAACCAUUCACAUUCCACCUGAGGUCGCUUUGAGAUGGAGCGAUUCCUUUGAAGAUCUGCUGGCACAUCCAGAUGGAGUGGAGACCUUCACGCAGUUCCUGCGCUCCGAGUUCAGCGAGGAGAACAUCGAGUUCUGGUUAGCGUGUGAGGAUUACAAGAGCACAGCGUCCCCUGCCAAUCUGCAAUCCAAAGCCAAGCAAAUGUAUGCAGUAUUUAUUGACGCCGCGGCGCCCAAAGAGAUUAACAUCGACCAUUCAACCAAGCUGGACAUACAGAAGAACAUCGCACAACCGACGCAGUCAUGUUUCGAUUCAGCGCAGAGCAAAAUCUACGCCUUGAUGAAGAAGGACUGCUACCCACGCUUCCUCACCUCAGACAUCUACCUGAGCCUGACCAAGAGGAAAGCGCCUCCUGCCAUGACCAGGAGAAGGUCUCGAUCUUUUGUCUUCAGUGACCGCGAAGAUAACGCAGCAGCCUGGUUGUAGCUCCUCAAUGACAGUUAGUAUAAUAGUUUCUACAGUCGUAGCUGUGCAUCUUUCACACUCAGUGCCUUGCUAGAUGUGCGUUGGACAGUAUUUUUUUCCCUGGGUCAGCAAAAGAGUUGAGCUUAGAUUCCAAUUUCAACGAUCGCAGAUUGGAUCAAAUGAUAUCACCGUCAACAUGGCUUCAUUUCAGUGUAUUCGCUUAGCAUAAAAUAUUGGUUUUAUAUGCCAGUAAAGUUAGAUAGUGGGCAGGCAGCUACGUACAGGACUGUGUUAACGUUACCGAGCUAAAUAUUGAACUUGGACAACGUCAACAUUAUGUUUCUAGCAGUAGCUUAUAUUGUGUAGCUAUCCAAGUUCACUAGCGAGCUAAAUUAAUUGUUUUAAGGUCAGAUGGUGUUUUUCCGUAACGGCAAUUCUGACAGUAGUGCCGGCUGCUAGGCAAAUCCCAGGCUUAUAUUAAUGCGCUUGUUCUAAUGCGUUAUCGUUUCCAUAGUAACAGCGCAUUCGCAGGGACUUCUAUCAACGAUGAUUUGCAUAAUCUAAGGCUAAAAUAAAUGGAUUAAAAAUGUUAACAAAUGUUAAAGUUAUCGAUUGAUAUCGGAAGGUUUUCUGUAAGGAUUUCAUUUGUGGAAGGAGUCUCCAGUGCCAGAGCUUUGUAACAGUCAUGGGAAAGUCUUUAGGAUGGAGGAGUUUGCAGUUUCUUAGUAACAUGACAAGCUGCUUUUUUUUGUGUGUGUGUGUGCAUGUGUGUGUGUGCAGGUGUGUGUUAUUAAUUUUAAGAGAGAGGUGAGAGAACGUCUGUUUAUAGCUGCUACAACGUGCGUGAUAACUUGUUUCGCAACAUUAAUGUAACUAUAUAAUUCGGGACGUGAUGGUGUAGGAAAAUAAUCAGCUUCUAGGUAACAGUAACUCAACAGUAACACGUCAAGCUACGUGACAACACCCUGUCGUUGAUUAUUCUCCUAUAACUGCACACCCAGAGUGUUUUAUUCUUUACUUACAGCAGAAUUUAAACCAGGAGCCAAAGUCACACGCACAUCACAGAUAAAGUAUUGUAGCCACUGAUUACGUUUAACUUAAGCUCCGCCCCUUGUUGUCCCAAGAAUUCCUGUCACUAUGGAAAAUCAGGGUGUUCACGAUGAUUCAUACAUAUCAGUAUUGAAGUUGUUUUUUUUUUUUUUUUUUUAAAUAAAAUAUCUGUUUACACAAGUGCAAGUAUUAAACUCUGACCCAGAAAUUUAGCUUCUUGCUAUGAGAAGCUAUGAGAAGAUUUUAUCAAAACAAUGCAGAAAUAUUAAGGACUAAACUAUCUCACAUUUCCUUCCUGUCUAUACUAUUGUAUUAUUCAACACCUAAUAUACAUAUUAGCAUUGUUUUUGUUGUUUUUAUUUUACAUUAGGACUUAUUUACAUUCAAGUACUAAUCCAAGCCAUGAAUUAUUUAUUGACUAAAACUUUUCCCUUUGCCGAGAGUUUCAUGUUAAUCUAUUUCUAUCUACAUGAUUACGAUCUUAGCUUUAAUUUGUAAAUUGUAUAUACAACCUGUGUGAUAAAUCAUUGUAUAAUAAAAGCGUUUCUCAAUAAACGAUUCAUGAUCUUGAUGGAGCUCCGCUUCAUGACGGGGCGCACAUUGCGCCACACCAUUGUUGAUUAUUUCCUAUAACAGCAUGCCCCUAUGUGUUUUAUUUCUUUUAUAUUUAUUGGCGUAAAUUCUACGGUUUCGGGUGGGACGAUUGUUAUUAAAAUAAACAUUUCAUCUCUGACUGAAAUUAUCCAUGAACAAAGUCUGUUUCAAAAUGAACUGAUUUCAGGAAUUGUAAAGAAAUGAGAAAGAGAAAGAAUGAGAAAUAACAAUAUUGUCCUUUCCUUACAAGCACUGUAAUUAAUGGAUUGAUAAAGACUUUUAACAUGAAAAGC